AUGGCUUAUUUUAGAGAAGAUUGUUUUAACUUUGAGAGAAAAUAUUUUGUGUACGCUUUAGGAGUUUCUGUAUCGUUUUUUGUUAUCACGUACUGUAAUCUGUUGGUACCGUUCCUGGUAGUUUACUAUGCGUGCCUCCGCGCCGAGGGUCCGCCCGCGCCGCCCGCGCGCGCCGCCCGGCGCUCGCCGCGCCGCCUGCCGCCCGACCGCCCCGACGACGCGCCGCACAUCGCGCCGCUGCCCCUGCCACUGGCGUUGCCCCCUGAACAUUUGGAUAUUAAACGGGCGGUGUCGGAAGUGUCAGUUGGUGGGGGUGUCGAGGCGCUCCGGCGACGCAACUCGGACCCCGCGCCGGACCCGCGCGCGCCCGCGCCCGACUACAUCGGCCAUACUGGGAACGGGUUGUUCGGGAUCGCAGGACACAGGUUUCGCAAAGGUACGAGAUUCGCAAAAGGCGACAAAUGCGUGUACUGCCACCAAGCCAUCGACGCGUUCGUCACGCAGGGCCAGCGGUGUAUCGACUGCAAACAGCUUUACCAUACAAAAUGUAUACAGAAUAAGGGCGUGAUCACGAUGCCCUGUCCCAGCCCCGUCACCAUCGCGGCGAGAGGGAGACAUAAAAACAGAAAACGUAUAAUGCUAAACAAGGAUUCCCCAUACAGUCUCACUACAGAUCAUUCCAAAGGACCUGUUAGUUCUAAUUUCAGUUUGACAGGAACGUCCGAGUUUAUGGACAGGACGGACAAAAUCAUAUCAGACGCCACUGAGCUACAAGCGAUGCAGAACUUCAUCACGAAAAAGAUUUAUCUCAUGGAGUCUUCGGAGAAUUCAAAACAAUCGGAAGUGGACAGGGUAUUCAAACAUGCACUAAAAGAGUUCAAAGACAACCUCGUAGCGACGUACAGUGUAGUGGAGACCCGCGGCUCAGCCCUCAAGUACAAGGACCUUAUAGGCAACUUCCUUCACGUGAUGGAGACGGUAUGUGCGCGAGAAGGCUCGACCCUUUCCAUUACGAUGGGGGUUAAUGCCUUCAGAGGGUUCAUGGACGAGUUCAUGAGUCAGCAUGAAACUGAUAAAGCCAGGACGAAACGAAAAAAAGAUAAGAAGAGAAAAGUGGACGACCCGAUCCAGUACAAAGGGCACACGUUCAUACUGUCCAUGAUCAAUAUACCCACCGAGUGCGAGAUAUGCAAGACCUUCUUCAUGUGGCCCAUAGAGCGCUCGCUCAUAUGCCAGACAUGCAAGCUCGCCUCGCACAAGAAGUGCUACAUGAAGGUAUCGACGCAAUGCCGAGCGGAGUCGGGUGCGCCGUCGGCCGCCAUAGUGGGCGCGGUGGACGCGGGCGGCCGCGAGCAGUUUGGCGUGCUCAAGCGGGGCAAGGUGUUCGGUGUUCCAAUAAGUGAGCUGCCCACUGGAGAGGGUAACAUACCUUUUGUGGUGGACAGGCUCAUUACUACUAUAGAAAUGACUGGGUUGUACGUUGAAGGGUUAUACAGGAAGAGUGGACUUAGUUCUAAGGUGCGCGAGCUGCGGCGGCUGCUGGACGAGCGGCCCGACGAGGGCAUCGACCGCCUGGACACGUACGCGGUGCACGUGCGCGCCUCCGUGCUCAAGAUGUUCUUCCGCGAGCUGCCCGAGCCGCUGCUCACCUUCGACCUGUACGACGACUUCAUACUCGCCGCUGAGAUUACUGACCCCCAGGAACGAGUAUCUAGUAUUUUCACAAUUUUGAAAAAAUUACCUAAACCGAAUUAUGAUUUGGUGGAAAGACUGAUAUUUCAUCUGGCAAGAGUAGCGUUAGGAGAAAAUCAUAACAGAAUGGGCCCGAACGCGCUCGCGAUAGUGUUCGCGCCGUGCAUCCUGCGCACGCACAAGGUGCAGCCGGCGCAGGACUCGCUGCACGACAUCGCGCGCCAGACCGCCUGCCUCGAGGCCAUACUUAUGGAUAAGAUGAGCAACACGCGCGGCACGCUGGCCGACAUCGCGACGCUGGAGCGCGCGUCCGAGACCGCGUCCAAGCGCCUGUCCAACAUCCGCGCGCGCGCGCUCGCGCCGCGCUCCGAGGAGCAGAUACUGGAGGGGCACAUACACGAGAUAGAGAAGGAGAAGGCCAACCUCACGCUGCACUUGCCUUCGCUUAUGAGGGCGACAUCAGACGACGAUUUGCUAUCCACCACAGACCACGACGGCGAGUUCGGCAGCACAGAUGACCUGAGCGCCGGCGCCCUGCGCUCCCAGCGCCUGCUGCACCGCCAGCUGUCCUCGGACGACCCCAUCAUGGUG